CCCCUUGUUUAUUGAAAGUGUGGAGUGAGUGAAAAGAGUGAGCUGCACGCCUUAGCGACUGUCUUCGUCUUGUUUGAGUUCACAUUAAAUAAGCGUCAUGGGAUCCAGUGAGAGCAAGAUGGUUGUGUCUGCACCAAUAAAACCAGAGCCGGCCAUUAAAAACAGUCGAGUCGGUCACCUGGUAGAUCCACGCUCUCCUUCAACAGGAAUUGAUCGUACACCCAUUCAGGUUGGUGGCCUUGUGCCUAAAUCUGUUGCUGAGGUGAAAAGUGAGUGUCCACUGGCAUUCACUGAUCCCCGCUCACCUAGUGUCGGUGUUUCCCGUACCCCAGUCAGAGAAGCCAUGAGAGUGACAGUUGGGGUCUUUGCUCGCCGCCUGGGCAUGAUUUUUCACAAUGAGACUGAAGGCAAAGCCCCUGAGGUCCCUCAGAAACGCUUCAGUGAUGCCCUGGAGGAGGAGGUCUUUAAGAGAGAAGAGCUGGCUUCCACUGAGCCCCUCCUGACUCCUCAGCCCAUGCGCAACUUUGGCUCCCUGGCUGAGCACGCUAACCUUCUGGCCACCCCUGUGCUGCCCCCUCUCCGAAACGCAGGUAACUCAAGCCCCUUUGUGCUUCUUGAGGAGCCCCAAGUGGAGGUGGAGAUAGAAACUGAGGCAGACAUUAGCCUGGAGGAGGCAGAGGAGGCAAAAGAGUCUCCCCUUCACAAGAGGCUGAGCAUGAGCCUGAUAACCUGCCACGAGGGAGCAACCUCAGCCCAGAUAUUUGCUGAGGUGCACCGUGACAGUACUUCAUCCCCAGCGCCCAGUGUGGAAGUGGAGCCAAUCGGGGAUGGUGUGGAUCAUUCUUAUGCUGUUCCUUCUAUCACGGUUGAACCUGAGACCCCUACUGAGCUUUCCCUACCUACUGAUACAGAUGCUUACCUAACUCAGGUGUCUCCUGCACAGUCAGAGAAAGCGGAGCAAAUUCCAUCUUCUGAGGAAACAAAAGAGCUCGUUAAAGACUCUUCUGCUCUUGCUCCAUCAAAGCCACCCACUGUCCCCAGCCCGGCACAGCCACAGCUCUCCACCGGCAUCCGCUGCCCCACCUUUGACCCAAAGAGCCCCAGUCAGGUGGUGUUUAAGCCGCAGUGGUUGGGAAAAGGUUUUGGCGCCACUGGGCCACGAGCUAGAGGAGUACAGGUGCGCGGUGGAAAAGGAGGCUCCUCUCCUCUUGCCGUCCGUGUGGCUGUGAAGAACGUGACCAAGGAGAACAAAGGACAGUCUGGAAAACGGAAGCAGAAAGGUACUGAAGGCCGCUCCCCGCUGCAGAUCCUUAAGGAGGCCAACUCGCCCAGGGACCAACGUCCUCAGAUGAAGCUGAAGGUGUCCACCCCAGACAAGCAGAGGCUUGUUGGACAGAUGGAUCGCAGAGUGCUAGCAGUGUCUUUGGAUAAGGAGAAUAGAUGAUUCACUGCAGCGACGUGUACAGAAUCCUGCCACUUUUUAAAUCUCAAAGCAUUUAUGUGCAUAUCUUUCUUAAAAUGAUUUUUGUCCUGUGAAUAUUGCUUUACUCCCACUUUGUGCAUUUUUCUAUCUGUUUUGUCUUGUAAAUAUAAAUAAAAAUUAUUUGCAUACAUA